AUGGGUAAAGGUACGGAUAAGCUAUACAUUACCCACUCCGAGUGGUCCUCUUCCGACGCGUACUCCGCCAGCGCUGGCUCGAACGUCAACCAAAAAGCGCCAAAUGGAGCGAACUUCAAGAGACUGCCCUUCAACUUUUGCGCCGCGAGUCUCCAACCCUUCAAACACCCAGUCUGCACAGCAGAAGGCACGAUAUUCGACGUUGAGGUAAUCAGUCAAUGGCUCGAGAAGCAUGGAACGAAUCCGGUGACUGGCAAGCCGAUGAAAGAUAAGGAUUUGAUAAAGCUCAACUUCGCGCGUAACGGGGACACGGAUGCGCAUGAUGGGGGCAUGGGGGCUGGAGAUGGGAAGGGAGAGAUGGUGGAUCCUGUUACGUUCAAGGUGUUUACGGACAAUACGCAUAUUGUGGCCAUACGACAUGGCAGCGAGGCGAACGUUUUUGCCUGGGAGACGGUUGAGAGGCUGAAUAUCAAGGCUAAGACGUGGAAGGACUUGGUUGAUGAUCGGGAUUUCGGGAGGUCGGAUAUCAUUACGCUACAGGAUCCGCAGAAUCUGGAGAGCAGGGAUUUGAGUCAAUUCAACUUUGUGAAGGAGGGAGAGACGGUGCUUACGAAGGAGCAAGAGGAAGAAAGGAAGAAGGGGAGUGUGAACAUUGACGCCUUAGGCAGGGUAGGAGACAAGGUUCUGAGAGCGAAAGAAGCUGUGGAGAAGGCCAGGAGAGAACGCGAAGCAGGGGGUGAUGUUAAUCGAUCCAAAGCUUUGGCCAAGCCAGGAGCCUCCAGUGCUCCUCCCAAGCCGUCGAUGUUACAGGAAAAGAAGGUGGCUUACAAUGCGGCACAGUUUACAACGGGUAAAGCUGCAGCAAGUUUUACAUCUACCGGACUUACCCCCGAGACAAGCGGCGAGAGAGCGCUCCUUACUGACGAGGAGUAUAUGCUUCGGCCUAAGAGAGUAAAGAUCAAGGGUUAUGCUCGGAUUGAAACCUCAAUGGGAUCUUUGAAUAUCGAGUUACAAACAGAAACGGCACCACGGGCUGUAUGGAAUUUUGUUCACUUGGCGAAGAAAGGGUAUUACAACGGAGUAAAAUUCCAUCGCAACAUCCGGAAUUUUAUGAUUCAAGGUGGGGAUCCUACCGGGACAGGCAAGGGAGGAACAAGUAUCUGGGGUAAGAACUUUAUGGACGAGUUUGAUGGUCCUCUGACACACGACGCAAGAGGUGUCAUGAGCAUGGCGAACAAGGGCAAGAAUACCAACUCGAGCCAAUUCUUCAUUACCUACAAGCCAGCGAAGCAUCUGGACCGGAAACACACCAUUUUCGGUCGAGUCGUCGGCGGUAUGGAUGUGCUCACAAAGCUGGAGAAUGUUCCAGGCGACGAUGGAAACCGGCCUCUUGAGGAUAUCGUUAUGGAAAAUGUUGUGGUAUUUGUCGACCCAUUCGAGGAGUUUCAGAAGCAGAAACGCGAGAGGGAUGAGCUCGAGAAGCAAAAAGAGGAGAUCAAGAGACAAGGAGGAACCGAGGACGACAAAACAACCUGGACGGGCAAGCGGAUCAGGAAUGACGGGACUAUCGAGCAGAGCGAGCAAUCGGGUGGUGUAGGCAAGUAUUUGAAUGCUGUCAAGGCUACCGGCAGCAGGAAACCCGCCCCUGAAGACGAAAUACCAGAAGCCGAGCCUGCUAAGAAAAAGAUAAAGACUGGAGGAUUCGGAAACUUCGAUGGAUGGUGA